ACUCAAAACAAAACUAUUUACGUAUCAAAAGUCUCAACAUAAACUAAUUACAUCAAUCAUGAAAUCUCUUCUUCUGAGAACCGGAUCCAUACAGGCUCACGCGCCGGUCACUUGCGGUUCACCAAAACUCUCUCUUUCCCGACGCAAUUCCAUCUCCAGCGUAUUAUCCGGGGAGAAAAGCACCGCGAAUUCCCCGAAAUUCUCGCUGCAUUUGGAGAUCAAUAGCCGGAAAAGAGACACGCUGAUUCGACGAGCGUUGUCGGAAACUGACAUCAUAAGAUCGGAGACUGAGGAGAUGCUCUCCAGAGCUGGCUCCAUGUCCUUUCCGGCGAGGAUAUUGGAGGAGGAAUAUUCGAAUUUGACUUACAUAUGGCCGGAAAAUGGUAUUCCGUUGGAAGAGCUGGGGUUUAGCAGCGGCGGUGAUGGAUUCGGGAAAGGAAAGAAUUCAGGCGGCGGAAAUGGCGGUGUUGACGGUAACAGUAGCGAUGACUUGAGCAAGAUAGGUGAUUAUUAUACGGAAAUGUUAAAGUCGAAUCCUAAUGAUUCUUUGCUUUUGAGAAACUACGGGAAGUUCUUGCACGAGGUGGAGGGAGACAUGGAGAGAGCUGAAGAGUAUUAUGGGAGAGCCAUAUUAGCUGGUGCAGGAGAUGGAGAAGUUUUGUCUUUAUAUGGGAAGUUAAUUUGGGAUAGACAGAGAGACGGUGAGAGAGCUAAAGCUUAUUUUGAUCAAGCUGUUUCUGCCGCUCCUCAUGAUUGCAUGGUGAUGGGAUCUUAUGCACACUUCAUGUGGGAAGCAGAGGAAGAAGAAGAAGAAGAAGAAAUUAAUAGCAAGGCUCAAAUUUCACCAGCUAUGGUUGUUGCUCUCUAACAGAACAUCUAUAUGGCUUGGAUACAUUAUCCACGCCAAGAAAACAAGUUUCGUGGCCUUAGCUCUUCCCAAAGAGGCAAUGUUACUAACUUCAAUAACAAGAAAAUAUUGAUAACAUGAAUAAAAUAUUUCUGGUGCUCUUUACUGGAAAAAGCUCUAGAAGAUGGAGAAAAAUUAUAUAUCUGGAUCUGUACUGUGUAUCUUUUCCUUGCUUCUUUUGUACAGUUUAAUUUCGCUAAGCCUGAUAUUAUCCCCCUAUUUUAUAAUUUUACGUUUUCAUAAUGUAUGACAGUUUGUCUUGUUUAAUUA